AUGAUCGCCUCACACGGAGCGCGACUUGCGGCACAGCAAAUGAGUUCGAAGUAUGCAAUUCAGACCAUGACGCUAUUCACACCUGCCUUACCACUAAUGGCAAUGCAUCACUGCCUGCUGGGAUGCACGUAUAAUGCGCGGAUCAUAUCAUUCCUACCAGAAAUCGGCCACUCUACCCCUCAAAUUUUGAUCAAAUUCUUCACAAGACACAAUACGUGCGGAGGCCACUCCUCUCAGAGUCAAGCACUGCAGUCUUCUGCUGCUGAUACUCGGCGUCUUGGGUGCUUGUGUUGCAAGAUGACAACGUUGGUCCAGAUGGUGAAAAGCGGCAUAACUCGUUUCCAGAUCCCAUUUCAGAGGAUUUGGAAGCAUGGGAAAGUCCGUUUUCUCUAUAACAUCUUCAUAAUUGCCUUAGCCAUCCUUACCAGAUAUGCUUCUCUACCUUUGCAUCAACAAACACUCUACUGGGAAGAACCCAGCAACGAGCCCCUGCAAGAUCACAUCACUGAGGUAAAAGCAGUGAAGAACGAGCCGAGAAUAUCCGACUUAGACAAAGACUACGCCAUGCCGCCUUCUGCUAGUGUCAAUAAUGCGUGGUCUUCUCUGCUUCCGAAAGAAGGCGGCUUCUUCGAACACCCUGCUAUCACAUCUAGUGCUAGUUGGUUUUGCUGUGUUCCAUCAUCUCCACUGCCUCGAUGUGUUGCGCCUAGCACUGUACGAGCUUUACCCAGACACCAAAGGCUAUCAGCUAAUACUUCUCAUUUCACGUCCCAUCUGAAUCACGAUGGCGCACAUUCCACCAUGGAUGCCGACUCAUCCUAUGACAUAUUCCAUGUUGGCCACUAUUUGAUGACCGAAAAUUUAGAGCCCAAUUCUGGCGGAGGUACCGGCUUGGGACUGAGCACCGAUGUGUUAAGUGGCAAGAACUGA